ACAAACAGCUGCUCUAUGUAGAAACGAGCAAUUUUAUUUUGAAGAUUUCAUUUUUAAUACUGUUUUGUUUUGUCAAAUCCGGCAAGUUAGCUAAAGCGGCAUUUGUAAAGGUCAAAAGAAUGUAUAGUUUAAUAAAACUUAAACAAGCAACGUUGCCUUUGUUAAGAAGGACAAUGUCUUCACAAGAACCUGAUGUUUUAUUUGAAGCAUUAAACAAUGCUGGCAUAGUAACCCUCAAUCGACCCAAAGCAUUAAAUUCCCUCAACACAUCUAUGGUGUCAAAAUUAUUACCACAACUUCAAGAAUGGGAGAAAUCAAAGUCGCUGGUUAUAAUUAAGGGUGCUGGAGAAAAAGCUUUCUGUGCUGGUGGUGAUGUGAAAGCUGCCAUAGACAAAAUCGAAGGGCCUAGGUUCUUCCAUACGGAAUACAAUGUUAAUUUCUUGAUUGGAAACUAUAAAAUCCCAUAUAUCGCAUUUAUAAAUGGAAUCACAAUGGGAGGAGGUCUUGGACUCUCAGUCCAUGGCAGAUACAGAGUAGCAACAGAGAAGACAUUAAUAGCCAUGCCAGAGACUAAGAUAGGACUAUUCCCAGAUGUUGGUGGAUCAUUCUUUUUACCUCGUUUACAAGUUAAUUUGGGAUUGUACUUAGGGUUGACUGGUGACAGAUUGAAAGGUAAAGACGUUGUGAAAGCUGGAAUAGCUACACACUUUGUACCAAGCAAACGUCUGUAUGAACUCGAAAUGCUCCUUUCUCGGUGCGCUAAUGAUAUAGAAGUUAAUUCACUACUCAAUAAAUUCCACGAACCCUCGGAGGACUUCUCACUUGCAUCAAAUAUCAAGCAUAUAAACUACUGUUUUGCGGCUUCGACUGUUGAAGAGAUCAUUGAGCGACUGGAGAAAGUUCAAAAUGAAUGGUCCGUUAAGACUUUAGAGACUCUUCAUCAAAUGUGUCCUGGCUCUCUCAAGAUUACACUGCGAGCCCUCCAACGAGGCGCUCAGCUGGACCUGGGCCAGUGUCUACAGAUGGAGUACAGACUGGCCUGCCGAGCCACUGAGAACCAUGAUUUCCCUGAAGGUGUGAGAGCUCUGCUCAUCGACAAGGACAACAAGCCCCAGUGGAACCCCAAGUCUCUGGCCGAAGCUGAUGAUGAAUAUGUCGAGAGUUAUUUCAAGAGGCUGCCCAAAGACAAAGAACUCAAAUUCUUCGACUCCAAACUCUAAUCCUUUCCAUUUAUGUACGCGGUGCAACCAAUCUUAGUUCACACAGUGUUUCGUCUCUUUCGUUCGCAUCUCAAGUCAUUUUGUUUCAUACAUAGAAAGAGACAAAACACAGUGUAACCUAGCAUAGUUACAUCGGGUCUACUAAUAGUCUGGUAAGAAUAGAUAUUAAAAUGGUAAGCUGUACAAGUUAUUUUUGAAGAUUUUUCAUCGUUUUUUGUGAAUUGAAUUUCAAUCGUUAAAUGUAUAUGAAUAUUAAUAUUUGAAAUAUAUGAAUAUGAAUAUUUGAAGACAUGAGUGGACGAAGGAGAUAUGAUACAAUAUGUUAAUUUGGAGAAAACGGGCAACAAACUUUUGUUACUUGUAUUUUUUCUUCACGCAUGACUUCUUCAUAACCUGCAAUUUCUAAAAAUAGCCUUUAAACCUGGAGUUCUAAGGUCUAAUAGCCACAUAAUAACUUCAUUCAAUGUAAAAAAUCAAAAAUCUUAAAAAUGGUACUUAACCCCUUCAUCCGCUCAUGUCUUCAUUUACAAAUGCAUAUUGAGGUACUUAAAACUUCUGUAGCGUUAGAAGGUUAGGGUUGUUGAACUGUUCUUGUCGUGCGACGCAACCUGGGUCGUGCUCUGGGAACAUCUCGCCAUCUCCCUCGCUCACUCGCAACUAUGACUCCGGUGUGCUCAGUGCGAGUUUUUUAACGUUCUCGAUGCCGUAAAAGUUAACUCAUACCUAUAUGUAUUCGUAGUGUGAGUUUUUUAACGUACUCGAUAACGUAAAAGUUAACUAAAAUUUCGCGGUACUCCAGUUAUUAUUGUUUUAAUACUUUAUUUAUUUGGUAGCUACAUUUUAUUGAGGAACGCAAAAAUAAUAUCGAUGUAUCGAUAACGUUAAAAAUGUAACUUUAACACAAUUAAAUAGGUACAUGCUUGGUUUCAAAACGCACACUGAUAAAGAAAUGCUUUGGUCAAUGCAAAAACAAGUCUCAAAUUGACUAUUAAUAGAUAACGUCUAUUAAAGAGUACUCGUGCUAGGACCUCUUGUGUGACCGCACGGGUAGGUACUACCACCCUGCCUAUUUCAGCAGUGAACUAGU